ACUGCUUUAUGAGAAGAGUUCUCUGUAUAUGUUAUUUAUAUGCAGCUCUGAGGGGAUUUAAGAGUUAUUUUAUUAUUUUAUUUAUUUAUUAAUAAAAUAAAUAUUAAUAAAUUUUUCGUGGAGGAUUUCUCUCAUCAUGUUUCAACUGCUGCUCUUCUCUCAGCUGAUGAUUCUCACAGCUCUGGGGAAUGAAUGGAGUAAGAACUACAACCAGGAAAAUCUCUGUGCUUUAAAAGGAUCUACAGUGAUUAUGAACCUCACUUACACACACCCAACAGAUUAUACAGUGAAAGACAGGUUUUGGAUCAUAAACCCAGCUCCAGGUAAAGAGUGGAAUAAUCUGCAUAAUGAACCAGGUUACUCAGGCAGAGUUCAGUAUCUAGAACAUGGACAGAAUCACUUCUCCCUCAGACUGAGUGAUGUGAAGGAAACAGAUGAACACAUGUACUGUGUUAGAGUCUUAGGAGAGAAAAAGAGAACAAAAGAUAAAUACCUCUUUUAUCCAGGAGUAACACUCACAGUCACAGAGUUAAGAGUGGAGACUCCUGAAAAUGUGGUGGAGGGAAAUAAAACAGUGUUAGUGUGUAACACCACCUGCAGUCUCUCAGAAACACCAGCAUUCAUCUGGUACAAAAACGACCGACUUAUUGACACAAAGAACAGCAAUAACACUCUGACUCUGCAGCCGACUAAAGCAGGCGACGCAGGCAGGUAUAACUGUGCUGUCAGAGGUUAUGAUCUUCUCCGUUCUCCUGCUCGAACCCUCAAUGUGAGAUAUCAUCCAAAGAAUGUCUCAGUGUCCAUCAGUCCCUCUGGUGAGAUUGUGGAGGGUAGUUCAGUGACUCUGACCUGCAGCAGUGAUGCUAACCCACCUGUGCAGACGUACAAAUGGUUUAAAGGUACGACAUCAGUAGGAACAGAAAAGACCUACACCAUCUCCAAGAUCAGCUCUGAGGACAGUGGAGAGUACAAGUGCAAGUGCAGUAAUGAAGUCGGACAUCACUACUCCAACAGUGUGACUCUAAAUGUUCUGUUAUCAGAUAGUACAGUCAUUGUGUAUGUUGCUGUUGGACUUGGACUUUUUGGGCUUGCAGCUCUUCUCUCUGCACUCUUCUGGCUGAGAAGCAGGAGACAGAAGAAGGUGGCUGAUGAAGGUGACUAUCAGCACUCCUCUCUGCAGAACGCUGGGCCGAGUGCUCAAAAUGACACGUACGCAACUCUCGACCCUGCAAGCUGGGGAGGUGAUGAUGUGUAUCACACACUUGCAAUUUCUCAUCCCAGUCCUGCUGCUGACACACCCACCUCCCAUGACUAUGAGAAUACUGCAGAGUUUGAGCUCACCCAAAUCUAAGAUAAAGGAUUAAAGCAAUCAGAACAUAUAUACCUUAUAUAUAUAUAUAUGUAUAUAUAUAUAUAUACUAUAUAUAUAUAGACUUUAAGCAACUUACAUCCAUUUAAAGACAGCAUGUCCCCAGGUGUUUUAUCCCUCUUAAAGUUACAUACAUUUUCAACCGUAUCAUCACUUGUUUUGUAUUAAUGAAAGACACAUUGUUGUUUUUAACACUUGCUCUUGAGACAGAACUCCUGAGGGAGACAAAUCUCAUCACUUCAGCAGUGUAAAUCACAGAGAAUUUGAAACCACUAAAUAACAUCCAAAAUGCUAGUGACUUAAAGAAGCACAGUUCAUUUCAUUUUGACACAAUUUAUUAAGAGACAUUGGUCACAAACCAGCUCUACAUAAAUAUAUAGAAUCAGGAUAUAAAUUGGAGAUAACAUACAAACAUGUCAGUUCACCCAAACACUCUGAACCACUAUUUACAUUCACAAACAUAACGGUCAGCAAAAUAAGUCCUGAGCCAGGAGAGUGCUGUUCUAGCCUACUAAAGAUAUGAACAAUGGUCUUUAAAAGCUGCGCUAAGUUCAAGAAACACCAGCAAGUGGCAUCAGAAAGGACUAACUGGCCCUUCUUAGUCAUAAAUUGUGUGGUAGUCCUUUAGUCAGUCUACAUUACAUUGCUGCACAUUUUAACUAUACUGUUCAACUUACCCCUGUUCCUUACAUUACCUUACACAAGUUGCCAAACCAACAAAUAAUGGAAAAACAGAUUCAAUAAAAGUGUAAAACAUCUUCAUAAAAGAAACGUUCUUAUGAAAAGUUUCCUAAAAAAAUACAUACGAUAAAGAGCUUUCCCACUAAAAAUAUCUGUUUCCCUGAAAUUUUAAUUUAUCAUGGAAUACAGUCCCUAAAUAUUUGUACUCCUUGACCACUUCUACCUGAUGUCCCUUAAGGCUUGGCCACACUACAAGACUUUAACCGUGGGCAGAUCGCUUUGCUGUUCAGACUACAUGACUUCACUGUAUGUCUUUUUGUCCUUGUGGUGUUCACACUACGCGACGCUUCGUAAAUGAUCCACAAGAGGGCGUCGCACACCACACCGUCUGACAACAACGCCAUGUCACUCAACGCCGUCCCCAAAACACACACGGCAGGUGUAUCCGGAAAUGACGCGAGACUUUCGGUAGAGGUUUGUUUUGAAAAUGGACGUCAGCAGGAGUUUCGCUCUAAAUAAAUGUUAAUUUAUUAAAAUAAAUGUUGUGUCCACACUUUUUUUGAAGCCAUGUUGCUGCUGCUGCUUUCCUUCCGGUGACCUCAACUCUGUUGACUUGCUCUCUCAUUGGCUGGAGGUCGUAGUUACAACUGACACCACGUGAUGUGGAGUCGGCCGACCGUCCCAGAUAUUUAACAUGCCAGAUAUCUGGAUUUUGUCUGCGACACGUCAGUGAGCCUCUUUGAUGCGUCAUUGAGUAGUUCACACAUAAAGAUUGCCGAGCGCUGAUCACCCGCUGAUCUUCGCACGAUCACAGACCGAUCUGUCGACCAGCUCGUUAAUUUGCAAACCGGCCUUAAAAUCCUGUAGUGUGAACUAGGCUUUGGACAAUACGGGGGAUCAAUACUCGCCGCUGCCCUCGGCAAGUGGGCACUUUAUAUAGCCACUGUGAUUGAGUGCAGGUGGUGUAAUUAAAAGUCUGGUGAUUGGGAGCAUGGGGGCGUGGCUGAGGUUGGCGUGCCCGUGACACAUCUCUUUUGUUUAGAUGCAUUAAUGUUUAAAAAUGAAGCAUCACACCACUGAAUAAAAUGAUCUACCACUGGACCAUGACUUUCAUCUGACUCAGUGAGGAGAGACACAAUCACAGAAUGAUCUGCAUAUUUAAUUUCCCUCAAAAACACUCCGACAAUCAUCAAUAUAUAAAGUAAACAAAAGAGGGGACAAACAGAACCCUGUGGGGUACCAGUAGAGGACAACAAUACAUUUGACAACAUCCCUUUAACAUGUACUAUUUGGGAUCUGCUUGUUAAAAAAUAAACAA